AUGGAUAUGAGGCAGCUGAAGUUCAGACUUAAUGAUGAGCAAGUUACUUUUAAUGUGUGUCAAUCUAUAUGGCAGUCGAAGGCUAUAAAAGUGGUGUCCGCUAUUGAUAUUAUUGAUAAUGAUGUACUGACUGGGCCUAUUGAAGAGAAACCUGAGGUUGUGGCAUUAGUAACAAUUAUCAUGAACUUUGACAGCAAUGAUAUUGAUGAGAAUGAGGAGAUGGGAAGGAAGGCAUGUUUCUUGGUAACAAAAUCACAAAGUAGGGUAUCAAGGUAUAGAGCAACGAUAAAGGGUAUCGAAGAAUUACCUCCUCCAGUCUCAAUUAACGGUAUCCAAAGACUUUUGGGUCUUGUUGGAUUUUACCGGAGGUUUAUCAAGGACUUCUCUAAAAUUUCUAAUCCUCUAUUCAAGCUUUUAGAGAAGGAGGUGAAAUUUAUAUUUGUUGAUGCAUGUCUCAAGGCAUUUGAGUGCCUUAAGUAG